UCUGGACACAGUGCCUGCGUCCUUCCGGCUGCACCGUGACCUAGGGCUGCGUCGCCGGGCAUGGCGGCAUGGGGCCCGGUGGCCGCUAUGCCUUUGCUCCGCGGGAGCCGCGGGCUUCCUCUAUGGCACUGUGCACAUCGGAUGUUCGCCUCCCAGACGGAGGGGGAGCUCAAAGUGACCCAGGUUCUCAAAGAAAAGUUUCCUCGAGCCACGGCUAUCCAAGUCACAGACAUCUCAGGAGGCUGCGGGGCGAUGUAUGAAAUUAAAAUCGAGUCAGAAGAAUUUAAAGAGAAGAGGACUGUCCAGCAGCACCAAAUGGUCAAUCAGGCACUGAAAGAAGAGAUCAAGGGCAUGCACGGCCUCCGGAUAUUUACCUCAGUCCCCAAGUGCUGACCAAGCUCCCCGGCUGCGCGACUGCUCAUGCUGAAAACCUUGAGCAUACUUUGCUCACAGCAAUAUUCUAGAAAAAUCCCCGCCCCCCUCCCUGAGUAUCUAUUUUUUGUUCAUAGACAUUUCUAUAUUAUAAUUAUAGAGAUACGUUAUCUAUUUAGAGUUAAUUAAAGAUCACAGGUACCGACUGCUCAGAACAGGUGUGUGUCACACUCAGGCCCUCCUGUCAGAAGCAGCGUCCUUCGUUCACA